AUGGCUGGAUGGAUAUCCCUUCUUAAAACAAUUUAUGAUUCUGAUUUGGUUGACAAUGAUGUACCAAAGAAUAUGAAUAUUAACGAAUAUAUUAUCACAUGGUUAAUUUAUAUGUUAAAGCUAAAAGAUGGUAACAGCAUCACCAAUUUAAAUGACUUUUAUUAUCAAUAUAAAAAUCAGCGUGGAGGAUAUAGCUUGGUUUCAACUAAUGGUAAAGAUUAUUCUAACAUUAUUGAUAAUAUUAUAAUUAAUAAAAACUAUUUGAUGGAUAUGGAUAAGAACAUUAUAUAUAAAUUUUAUAAUUUAUUAAAAUCAUUAUGUAGCAUGUACAAUGAUAUUAAUAAGGAUACGCCAGAUUGUACACAAUUUCGCAAAAAGCUAAAACAUUUGUUGAUGAAUAUAAUAAACUUCUUAAUAAUAAUGAUUUUGAUAUUAAUGAAAACAGUUCAUAUAGAAAAAUAUUGUCUAGUUUAUCAACUUAUUAUGAUAAUUUUAAAAAAUAUUGUGAUAAAAAUUGCAGUGGUUGUAGCAGUAUUCCACCUCUUCCAACGACAAAACAACACAAGUUUCUGCGCAUAUCUCUGA